UGCAACUCAACAUGUAAUGAAAGUGCUGGAUGGGGUUACUGUAACACCAAGACAGGGGAAUGUGUUUGUGAUCGAUUCUAUACUGGUGAUUCAUGUGGUAUUCCAAGUCAUUUCUUAUCAUCUGCUUCAUCUACAUCAACUAAAGGAGGUGUUGUUAAUCUUUAUGGUUGGUUUGGCUCUGUGAAUAAAAACCCUUCAGUUUCAAUUGGUGGAUUGGAAUGUAAUCUCCAUGUUAUUAAUAGUUCUUUUGUCAACUGUACUAUUGGUCCAGGAUCUGGUACCAAGUCAAUAACAGUCAUUCAAAAUGGAUUAUCAUGGACAGGUGAUAAAAUGUUCUAUUAUACCCCUGAAACCUAUAGCUGUCCAAAAGAUUGCUCUUUGAACGGUGUUGUAAAUGGCUAUUGUAAUACAACAACAGGUCAAUGCAAAUGCUAUAUCGGGUGGGGUGGUUUUGAUUGUAACUCAAAAGCACCAACAGGUGGUGGUAGUGGUACAGGCGCAGGUAGUACAGGCGCAACUACAGGCACACCUUCCCCUACAAAAGCUCCAGAUAUCGAAGUCCCAGGUUCAAAUACAACAGUCGAUGAAGGAUCAGGUUCCACCACUAUCAAUAAUCAACAAACCACUUAUGAAAUUUCAAUUUUAUCAUUAGUAGAAUUAGAUGUUACUGAUGAUAUAGUCUAUACCCAUAAUUUAACAAAUAAGUGGAGAGUUUCAAAUGAAACCAACAACAGUAACAUUCACAUAUUCAAACAAAAUAUCACCGAAUCAUGCUACAUUACAUAUACCAUCGAGGAUAUUAAAGAAGCCAAAGACUAUGAAUUUGCAGGUUUAGCAUUAACUUUAGAAAAAGACUCAAUUAAAAUAACUAUAAAUAUUGUUAGCUAUCCAUUUAUAAACUCCCUAAAUAAACUUCAACUUAGAUUAGAAUCAUUAGUAGGUGAUAGUGGUACAGAUACAGACAACAAGUGCAACGAUAAAGAAACUUCUAUUGACAAAGAUCUUUUAGAUAGCAAUCAAUUAUUAAACUAUGUAUCUAUUUCAAGAAAUGAAAAAGUAUUAAAUGGUAGAUUUAUAAACAGGGUAUUAAGCGACUAUAGAUACUCGUUUAUAACAACUUCAUUAAUAGCAAACUCUACUUUAACCAACAAUAAACAGUCAUUUAUCAUUGCAUUAAAUUUACCACACUUUAAAGAGUCAUUGACAAUCGAUCCAGAUUUUUCCGUAUUGGUAUCACCAUCAUUCAAAAAAUGCUCCUCUUCAGAACGAGCUAGUUGGGUGUUACCAGUUGCAAUUGUUGUACCCUGUGUAGCUGUAGUAAUUCUAAUUGUAGUUGGUGCUUUCGUUAUCAGAAAUAAUCGUUCCACUGCUUUGAUGAUCAAAAACAAAAUCAAUUUAAAAAGAAUGACAAAACAAAAAAGAGAUGAACUAUUUAUGCCUUCAAGAGGUUAA